AUGGAAAGCCUGCGGGGCGAGGUCCAGACCUCGCGGUUUCUGAGCGGGGAGCAGUGCCUGCGGGUGGCCCAGACGGCGGUGGGCAGCGACGCCAGCGACGCCUGGAUGCUGGGCUCCCUCUUCCAGAGCUUCGGAAUGGUGAAGACUGCCGGCCAGUUCGACGGCAACGUGGAGGAGCUGGUGCACUGGCUGGUCUUCACCACGUGCCUGGUUCAGCGGAUCCUGGUGGAGCGCUGGAACGAGACCUUGCGCAGUCACUUCGAGCGACGGAAGGCGCUUCUGGAGUUCCGCGCGCAGUGGUACGCGGAAAAGCUGGCGGCCUCGCGCCAGGUGCAGUUGUCCAUGUGGGACACCAAGCGCCAGGUGCUUUUGCACAAGCUCUCGCGGCUGACGCACCAGUUGAACACCCUACGCUCCAUCUGGGACGGGCAGCGGCCCGCCUUCACGGAGAAGGAGGCGGAAGAGAACCUGCAAGCCGCGCGGGUGGAACACAUCUGCUUGCAAGGGGGCGUCAACGAGCUACUGGUGAAGGGCUUGCUGCGGGAGUUCACCAACGCCUGCGGGGAGUUGCAGGCCUUGCCCAGCCAUCAGAGGAUAAAUGCCCAGGCCAUCAUUGACAAGGGCGUGGUGGAGUAUCUGCACCGUCGAUACCUUCGGAAGCUGAAGAUGAUCACGUCGGCGGACGAGACCAUGGCCAAGAAGCGGCUCAUCCAGGAAUGCAAAAAUGGCGUGGAGCUCCUCUUCAAGGAGUGCGACUUGGGGGAGGAGGCGCCGCACAUGCCGCCCAGCAGUUCCCUGGAGACCAUCUCGGAGCCAAGCGAGGAGGACUCCAGGCCGCGAGUGGCCACGCCGGGUUCCUUCACCUCGGAGUUCUCGGGCCGCGAGCGGGAGAGGGAGGCGGCGAAACCGGACGACUACCCGUGGCUGGCCGAGCUCUGCGGCGCCUGUGUGGAUGACAUGCUUUUCAUCCGGGAGGAUGACGAGACACUCUACGAGCACCGCAAAGGCAACAGCCCAGUGCUCUUGUUCUGUAAGGCCCUGCUGUCUCAGUCCCUGCUCGCCUUGGUGGUGGCCAGCGCUUUGCAGUUCAUGGCCUUCCGUUCCUUGACCGCGUCGGUGAGCAUCUCCAUCGUGGUGCUGGCCCUGAUGGCCUUCCCCCACGUGCCCUGGUCGGUGUGGGUCCUGAUGCAGUGGUUCAACCUUACGGUCAUAUUCGCCAAGGUCGUGUUUCAGCUGCCGCUCUUCUGCGAGGACGGGCGCCUCAACUUCUUCGGCUGCCGGCCGCUGUGCGGCACGGAGAUGCCCUGGACCGUGCUGCUGGGCCUGUUGAAGACGCGGCAGAACGCGAACGACCCCUGCAGCUUAGCUUUGCCCUCGCUGACACAGCUGCUUUGGCCGGACGUCCUGCUCUCCGUAAUGAUUUUGCUGGUCAUGUGUGCGGCGCGGCUGGGGGGCCGCUUCGGCAGCACUUCGCAGAUCCUCGCUAGCCUCAAGAUCUUGGAGAAGAAGAACCGAAGGAUGAGCACCCACAUCAAUCGGGAGAUGCUGAAGGCAGCCCUGGGACCCGAGCUUGAAGAAGAAGAUGAGGAGCACGGCGGGCGAGGUUCGGGCACGCACCUCGACGAAGACGAAACGCACCGCGCGUCUCGGGCCCGACUGCAUUUGUCCUCCCUGACGAGCGUGGAGUUCCGCGAGCAAGCGUACAACUGGCUGAAGGCGUACGUGGUGGGCGCUGCCCAUGUCCGCAAGCCCGCCAUGGAUCUCUACGAGUUUCGCCUUUGCAUCGCCUUGACGUGCUUGGGCAUCCUGAUCUUCGGCUGGAGCACCAUGGUGGACAGCGGCCGCAGCUUCUCCAAGAGUCUGCAGGCCAACAACUUCAGCGGGAACCAGGUGCGCGUGCUGGUGCUCUUCCUCAUGAUGAUCGUGGUGGACCGGGCGCUCUACACCUGGUACCGCUGUGAUCACAUCCGCGAGGACGAGUGUGGCCAGGUGAAGGACUCGUGGACUUGGAAGGUGCAUCUGGUGGAUGGGUGA